AUGGAGGACACCAACGUGGGCCAGCAGGAUUCGGCCGGACAAGGUGACAUCGCCGAGUCAUCAUCGUCAAACGCAGCUGUCGGCUCCGGCGAGAGCGGCCUCGUGGCCGAGGAGACCCAACACAACUUCCACCUGCCGGCCCAUCUCGACGUCUCGGAUGGCUCAGGCGCCCAGCCGCCGCAGCUGAGGAUCAUGGACUCGACGACAUCCCUAGAGCCCAACCUCUACAGGUUCAUACAAGAAAACGGCCGCACAUAUCAUGCCUUCAACUCAGAUAAAUACCUCCUGCCCAACGACGAGAUCGAGCAGGAGCGCCUCGACCUGCAGCACCACACCUUCAAGAUCUUCCUCGACGGCAAGCUCCACAUCGCCCCGCUCGUCUACCCGCGCCGCGUCCUGGACCUCGGCACCGGCACGGGCAUCUGGGCCAUCGAGAUGGCGCACGAGUACCCCGGGUCGACCGUGAUCGGCACGGACCUGUCGCCGAUCCAGCCGGCCAUGGUGCCCGGCAACUGCAGCUUCGAGAUCGGCGACGCCGAGGAGGCCGAGUGGGGCUUCGACGAGCCCUUCGACUACGUCCACGCGCGCGCCAUGGUGACGUGCUUCCGGGACGGCCGCGCCAUCGUCCAGCGCAUCUGGGACAACCUCGCCCCGGGCGGGUUCUUCGAGCUGCAGGACCCGUGCAUGCCGCUGCGGUGCGACGACGGGUCCAUGGACGGGACCGCGCUGGGCGAGUGGAACCGCCUCAUGGACGAGGGGAUGCUGCGCGCGGGCAAGGACCUGCGCGGGAACCUCGAGUGGGGGCGGUACAUGCGCGAGGUCGGCUUCGAGGGCGUCGUCGAGAGGCACGCCGCCUGCGCCUUCAACACGUGGCCCCGGGGGGACAAGAACAAGCUGCUCGGCGCCAUGUGCUGCCAGAACCUGCUCGAGGGCGUCCAGAGCAUGUCGCUCGCGCUCUUCACCCGCGUGCUCGGGUGGAGCUCCGAGGACGUGCUGAGCUUCCUCGUCGACGUCAAGAAGGACCUCAUGAACAGGAAGAUACACUCGUACUGCGGUGUGUAUUUCGUGUAUGGCAGGAAGCCGUUCGAUCAUGGUCUGCCGAGGGAGGAGGGGCCAGGCGAAGGGGCAUCUUCUGUGGCGUGA